GGUUGCAUUUUACCUCCCUAUGAUUGUGAUGCUAAAGGAGUCAAGGGAUAGAACCGAGGACAACGAGAACUUUGGGACAACAAACGGCCCGUAAGAACGGAGUCGCUACUACUGUGACUAGAUAUGUAUCAUCAUUGAGAGGGAGAAGUUAAAAAGCAUAGUUGAACAAGCCCUGAGGUUGGCCGUUACGCCAGUAAGUGCCAUCCAGUCCGCUGAGAGUACAAAGCUGAGACUGAGCGAACGCCGAACACAGUGGCGGUUUGUGGCGCUAGGAGAGCUUAGAGGGGUUCGGAGGAAUGAGGGAGAGGCUCGUUAUAACGACUGAGGCCGCCGCCGGCGCCUCUGCUGCCGUUGCCGCUACAGUGACUGCUGUUGAUUGCGCCUGCUGCAUCUUCCGCUAGGCCAGUAAAGAGCUCGUUGUUGAAAGUGUCGAGGACGUGCAGGAAAAUCUAAGAUGGCGGACUAAAACAUCCGUCAGAACCGGAGUCGAACUGGAGUUUACCGGAACCUGCACGUUUUGUGCAUGCACCUUUUCUCAUAAAGUCGACUUCUCAGGUAGCUCUGAUAAGCUGUACCGAUAUUUACGCUCGCGGAUAAAAGGUAAGCUAUUUUCACAGAUAGAAAUCACACUUCGCCUUUUCUCUACCCGGCUAUCUUGAGCUCUGCUGAGUACGUUUCCUCACAUUAACAAAGGUGCAAAGGACGUGGCAAGAGAGAGCCGAGCCGCCGAAAUAGACAGCGAAAGACAUGAUCAGGGUCAUCAUUACCUAUUUUUGACCCUUGAAGUUUUCUCCAACCGUAAUCGUACACGUCUGAUGUGGCUACUGCUAGCGGUAGUGGGUCAGGUGUUGUCAAGUGCGGAACUCGUGUGGCUGUUAGGAGGAUGAAGCUAAGAGGACCUUACAAGAGGGAAUGGGGGUUCCCGUUUACGUUUGAGUGAAGUGAAGUAGAUGUAGUGACUGGAGUUUCGAUCUGUUUUCUUGCUGACGCCGGUUACGACGCUGAGCUGCGAAAUUUCGAAGCUCAUCAUAGAUAUAUGUCAGGUGAAACGGCCCCCCCAUCGCUAUAUUGCCCCAGAUGACGACUGAUCAGAGUGCCUACCCAUGUGCACGAAGUCAAAGUACUGGAAUAUACUGAAUUAUACAUGAUGAUCCGUGUUACUUUUGUGCCAGAGGACUUCGACGACACUUUUUCGUUCGCAUCUUUAUGAAGAAUAUAUGAAGUGGGAUACGAGGAGCCAUGGCAGCUUUUCUGACGAUUCCGGGAUUUGGUCCGCCGCCCCCGUCGGAGCUAGAGAUUAGGUAGAGAGUGUCAGGAAGCUACGACGAGGAGGGACCAUCAAUACAACACCGAAAGCGAUUAGAGUGAACUUCGGUGCGGUGCAAUUUGCCGACAUGUCGGAACUACAGGCCCAGACGAGCGGAGUACCAAGUGUCAUCGACCUCCUCAACGAACUUCAGCGGAUACGAAAUAUGGCGCCGGGUGAGAUGGGGAGCGACAAUUCUAGAGAUGAAUAUCCACGGGGAAAUUCUCCUUUACCGUCCCCAACUGGUCACAAUGCAGUCCGACGCUGGCCAAAUCAUCGCCAGCCUUCUGUUCCGCAUAGCUACAAAGGCCAGCCAGACGAUAUAAUACCUAUACAGUACAGGCCCGUAUACCGAACCUCCACUCACUCACACAAUAAUAGCAACAAUACUAUAUUAAACAAACAUACCUACGUAGAUAACCAUGCUCAGCAUAAGCAAAUGGCACAACCCCGAGAGAACUGUCAGCCGGUAGCCACGGGGUAUCAUUUCCACGAGCAGUCGAAACAGGAGGACGGAGGGCAGCGGUCGAAGUGCGUUUCGUCAGGUUCCGAAGGGCCUCGGCAUCUUCUAUCAGAUUGGCUUCAUCGAGAAGGCGGUAUUUGCAACGAGGUUUCUAUGCCAUCCGAUUGGCUCCCGCUUCCUUCUGACCACCUGCUUAGCCAGGACGCUAGCUCUAGAAGUAUCGGUACUUGUAGCCGCACUAGUAGUACUACCGGAUGCCGAUGUGCUCAGGAUGCUGCAACAAAUCGAUGUAGCGAUGAUGUCAAAGAUGAACCAGGGGCAGAUAAUAAUAACCACAACAAUGCUGUUGUGACUACGCCACCACAACGUCGCGCUCGUCCACAAACGCUCUGUCUGGAUUUCCCGACCCCACCUUCGGAAUUUCUCAGCAGUGGUUCGCCGCGCCACCGUCGAACCGCCUCGGGGAUAGGUUCAUUUUCUACUGACGGUAGAUAUGGUGGGGCUUACACUGAGGGUAACGGCGGUUUAGCUGCCGGCCACGAGGUUCCCAACGCCUCAAUCGCGAGUAGCUCCAUCGAUCAGAGGCGCCUGGAAAAGGGCCGUAACAGUCAGCCUGGUGAAUCUGCGGGACCACAUAACUCAAUGUUAAGCUUUCGCAGUGAACUCAGCAGACGUGAAUCACUAAUUUCGGUUAACGCAGCCCAUGGACAUGGCACGCCCCUGGUGUGGAGCGCCAAUAGCAGACGCUGUUCUCGAGAGUGGCUCGAAGUACCCGGCCACAAUGACUUGGAGAUGCAUAUGCGCAAUAUAGAUCUUCGCCCGCCGUUACAUCGGAACCAUUGCAGUAUGGCCGACGGUGUCUGGAGAGCGCAUUCGGCUGAGGUGAUAACGCGCCACAGCUUACAUGUGGACGAGAUCGCUCAUAUGACCAAGAAUCAGAAUAUGGUGCGCAGGCGUAGCGCUGAUCUUCUCGAGGAGUGUCUUAGAAGACAUACGCAAUCACUUUCAGAGAUGGACACCCUACAAGCGGUCGGUCUAGUUACCGCCAAUCAAAUCGUUUCGAAGCGUCGCUGGCGUAGGAUGGUUCUUCGGGAACGUGCCGUAGAUACAUUUGCCGUCGCGUGCGGAGGAACCUGCUGCAUGGCAUGCCUCUACGCAUGCGUGGCGUACUUCUUUCUGCCCGGCACAUGGCCCACUGUGUUUGGAUUCUGCAAAGACGCCCUUUGCGCGCUCAGGUGAUGGGGGCGAAGCGAGGACAUAAUAAGGCAUCAUCGGUGUUGAAACUAUUAUUAUCAGUCAGCGGAGAGAUGAAUUCAGCUGAUGUAAAAUAAUAAAGAUAUGUAUAGCGUCUCUCAACGUACGAUACUGCCAUACGUUACACGUGAAUAUAUAACUUUUGGGAGUUGUGUUCAAUCGGGUUUUCCCUCGUACGUAACAAAAAAAGAAGAAGCAGAAAACUGGCAAAAACUAAACGAUAGAGUGACGAAACCCCUACGUAAACUUAUUGUUAGCAUUUCUCUCUCGUUUAAGCCCAGUGGCGGUCUUUUUUUUGUCGAUCCCGACAGUGAGCGGUGAAUAAGCUCAAAGCAGUGUAAUGUAACAUUAAGCAGCUGUAGACCAUGAACCAUUUUGGUACGAGGUACAAAUUUUAUCAUAUAGAAUUAUUCUUGCUUUAUAAUGAAGUUCUAUAAUCGUACGGUUGCGUAAAAUGAUUCAAAACAGCCAAUGCUGCUACUUUUAUACGCCAACUGAAGGAUGACUAAUGGGUGGCUGGCAGGAGACGCUAAAUAUAUUUGUGUGCGGCCAAAGCUUCUUACGUUUGAAGGAUGAAGCUCACAAAACUAGGCUUCAUUCAAAUAAACAAUAAUAAUAAUAGCAGUAGUGCU